GCCUCCCCUCCACUUCAAUUACUCGAGCUUAGGAAAGUGAUCUGAGUGCAUUCGCCGUUGCGCAAGCAGAGCUACAGGAGCCGAAGCUGGCGAAUAGGGAAAAGCCCUUCUAGGAGCACCUCCCAGUCUCUGGCUUCAUCUUCGCGCGGGCUCCCUUUGAGAAGGAUGGCUCUGAGAGGGCGCGGGACCCCGUCGUCAGCCAACCGGGGACUCCGGGCAUUGCUUCUCUUUUUCUAUGGAGUUGCUGGCAGCGCGGCGGAGCAGGAAGCAGAGAACCUCUCCGGCCUCUCUUCUGACCCCGAAAAGGCGAUUUUUGUCGUUCGUGACAAUGGAACGACCUGCCUCAUGGCGGAGUUUGCGGCGAAGUUCGUCGUCCCCUACGACGUGUGGGCCAGCAAUUAUGUGGAUCUGAUCACAGAGCAAGCCUAUAUCCCGCUUUCUCGGGGAGCAGAAGAGCUGGGGAAAUGCGGCAGCAAUGAAUCCGAGCUGCAGAUUUCGUGGAUGGACAGAGCUUACACCCUCCGACUUUACUUCGUCAAGGAGAGCCGCAACACAAGCGCAGGCCCAGAGGCCUGGUGGAAAAUGAGCAAAGUCCAGUUUGUUUACGACAGUUCCGAGCGCACCUACUUCAGAGACGCCGUCAACACUGGGAAACAUACAUCCACCACACAUCAUCUUUCCACUUUAGUCACCCCAGCUGGGAAGUCUUACAGAUGCCAAGCUCAGCAGACAAUCACCUUGACCUCCAGCGACCAUCAAAAAUCUGUGGCUCUCUUGUUGUCUGAAGUCCGCCUACAGCCCUUUGACAUCAGCUCUGAUUUUGUCUUCAGUGAAGAACAUAAAUGUCCAGUGGACCAAAGAGAACAAUUACAAGAAACUCUUCCUCUUGUUCUGGGCUUCAUCUUGGGACUGGUUAUUGUGAUAACCCUCGGAGUUUACCAUCUCCAUCUCAAAAUGACCGCUACACAAGUCCAAAUCCCACGAGACAGAUCUGAGUAUAAACAUAUGGGAUAGUAGCUGGCAGAACCACCAAUCAGCUGAAGCAAAAGCACUUUUUUCUAUAGGUCAGGGGCUCCCACUU